GAAGCCCGAGGGGAAGGAAGGCAGGCGUGCAGGAGGGCAGCGCCGGGGCUCGUGGAGCGGUGGCGGAGCGGGAGGGCGGCGGGCGCUGGGGUCGUCCCGGGGGUCGCCGCGCCGUUCCCGCUGGGGAUGUCCGCGCCUCGCGGCCUCCGAGCAGCACGGGGCGCCCGCCGGCCGGGCCUCUGAGGGCCGCCGGGUCGGGGCGGAGGGCUGCGGGCCCGCGCCUCCGCAGCAGCGCGGCCGGCGCCGGGCCAGGAGGAUGCGCGGCGCCGGGCUCUGAAGCAUGGAGGGGGUUCUGUACAAGUGGACCAACUAUCUCACAGGUUGGCAGCCUCGAUGGUUUGUUCUGGAUAAUGGAAUCCUGUCCUACUAUGACUCACAGGAUGAUGUCUGCAAAGGGAGCAAAGGGAGUAUAAAGAUGGCGGUCUGUGAGAUUAAAGUCCAUCCCGCAGACAACACAAGAAUGGAGUUAAUCAUUCCAGGAGAGCAGCAUUUCUACAUGAAGGCAGUAAAUGCCGCCGAGAGACAGAGGUGGCUGGUUGCCCUUGGGAGCUCCAAAGCGUGUUUGACCGACACGAGGACUGCAAAAGAGAAAGAAAUAAGUGAGACCAGUGAAUCUCUGAAAACCAAAAUGUCUGAACUUCGCCUCUACUGUGACCUCCUGAUGCAGCAGGUUCAUACGAUCCAGGAAUUCGUCCACCGUGAUGAGAGGCAUCCCUCUCCCAGUGUGGAGAACAUGAAUGAAGCCUCCUCCUUGCUCAGUGCCACCUGUAACACAUUCAUCACAACCCUGGAGGAGUGUGUGAAGAUCGCCAACGCCAAGUUUAAACCUGAGAUGUUUCAACUGCCUCAUCCGGAUCCCCUGGUCUCUCCCGUGUCGCCUUCUCCUGUUCAGAUGAUGAAGCGUUCAGCCAGCCACCCUGGUUCCUGCAGUUCCGAGAGGAGCAGCUGCUCCAUCAAAGAACCAGCAUCUGCCCUCCACCGACUUCCUCAGCGACGCCGCAGAACCUACUCGGACACAGACUCUUGUAAUGAUGUUCCCCCUGAAGACCCAGAGAGACCUCUUCACUGUUCAGGAAACACACUUAAUGGAGAUUUGGCAUCAGCAACCAUUCCGGAAGAAAGCAGACUCAUGGCCAAGACACAAUCUGAAGAACCUCUUCUGCCCUUCUCCUGAGGAAACAGACAUGCCCAGCUUCCUCCUGAGGAAACAGACAUGCCCAGCUUCCUCCUGAGGAAACAGACAUGCCCAGCUUCCUCCUGAGGAAACAGACAUGCCCAGCUUCCUCUGAGUGUCGCUAUGCAAAAGCUGCUGUAAUUAAACUCGGUCUGGGCUAGCUUUGCCCUCUCCUUAGGAUUUCUCUGCACUUUAUAGAAUAUUGUAAACAAACAACCCACAUACUUUUGAAGUGUAUUUUAUCUUUCUAUAGUUUACUUGCAAGAGUAUUUUCCUAAUAACUUCACAGUAUGAAUGUGCAUCUUUUUUUUUUUUUAAACAAAUGAUGGUGUAACAUUUUGACAUCCAUAAGGACAAAUGUAGAUAUUUUUCUAAAAAACUGUGAGGGACUGACAGCUUGGUCAGUGUGUAUUGUAGUAUAUAAACAUGAAAUCUCGCCAGAUUUAUUUGACAGAAAUGUGAGAGAUGUAACUUGUGCCAUGGACCAAAAGGUCACUUCACCCCAGCUUAAAAUUAAUUACCAUAGCAGCUUGAUGGUGAUUAUAUCAUAUUCCUUUAAGCAAAAAGGAAACGCUUAAUAUUCUAAAGGUCUUUAGCCCAAAUACCAUGACAUAUUGAGCAUUUUUUUUUAAAAAGCAGACUCCGCUGUCCUUCAUAUGUGAAGUUGACAUCUACUGAUUUGUCAAUACCAAACAUCAGAUUACAGUAUUUAAUUUUUAUUUAUUUAUUUUCUUAUUGCAUCAGAAGAUGGUUAUGUCCUAACUUUUAUGGCCUCCCCAAUUUAAGAUGUAUAUGCAUAGUUGUUAUUACGUUGUUCUAAGAUACAUGAGGCAAGUGUCCCAGUGAUCUUGUUCCCUUACACGAGAGAAGUAAACAGCUUUCAAUGGGAAUGGAGUUCAGUGCUUUUCAGAAAAUAGGCAGCAAGCUGCUGUUGUAAGGUAUGAUUUGCAGCUCUUUGGCAUAUCUAGAGACAUUUUUAAUUUAUGAAUAUUUAUACAAAAAGCAAUUCUGUCAAGAUGACUGUUCUAUAUCACUUGAGAAUGGCAUUAUUUAAUUAAAGAACAAUUUGCAGUUUUUGGUAGUGCCUGUUGUAUCUAUCGCUGGGUUACUCCUCUACACUGUAUUUCUUUUAAGUCACUUUGGGGUGUUGAUUUUAUCCCGGAGUUAGAAUGAUCAGCACUUUAACAAAAAUUGGCCUUGUGUUUUUAAGUUAGUCAUAUUUUACUAAUACAUGGUUUUUACAUUCAAAUUCAUCAUAUAAUACAUUGUGUCUUUUACAUUCAUUGAUACUCUGUCUAGUCUAUUAAAUACCUUUUGUGUUCUUCAUGAUUUUAUUUUGUUUAUUGUGUUCGAGCCUAAAGGUGAGCAUACAUCAAUGUUUGGCUUGUCUUUUCUAUGAGUUUAGAAUGGGAGCCAAGUAUCUAGUAAAUACUUGAUAUUUAGUCUGUACCUUUCCCCAAGUUUAAAAUGUCUAUACCUAUUAACUGUUCCAAAGUGCUUGUCAUUUUAACUAGCAAAUGGCUCACUAGAGAAUCCUUUGUCCAGUGGAAUCAGCCCACCUGUAACUUGCGUUUCAUAUGUUCAGUUUGGAAAAAAAUGAUGAUGUGGGCAGUCUUUUUUUUAAACCAUACAAACUUGCAGAAUAUGGUGCUUCUGAUAGUUUCUCUGGUAGUUGUUCCCCCUUGGUAGUAGGUUUAUAAUGAAUAUUACAAGCUUUUGAACUUGUAGGAAUAGAGGAAAUUCCAUUUUUUAUUGCUUUACCCAAAUAGACAUGUUUGUGAAUGAUUUCUUUGUAAAUAUUUUAAAAAUAAAAGGCAGUCGUUUUUAGUUUGC